UUGGUUUGGUUUAAAUGCUGGAGUGCAGGCCGGAAGCGCUGGAGCAACGCUGUCCGGGAGCGGAUUGUGAUUCAGCAGCCCCGGAGGUUUCCCCGCUGGCAGUGUGGAAGGAGAGAGAGUGAGUGAGAGACUGUGAGUGAGAGAGAGAGAGAGAGAGAGAGUGUGUGUGUGAGACACUGAGCGUGUGUGUUGCCGCAAUGCCGUCCCGCGCCGGGGAUUAUGAAGUCCUCAGCACCAUCGGUUCCGGCUCGUAUGGAAAAUGCCAGAAGAUCCGGAGGAAAAGCGACGGGAAGAUCCUGGUGUGGAAGGAGCUGGAUUACGGCACCAUGGCGGAGGUGGAGAAGCAGAUGUUGGUGUCGGAAGUGAACCUGCUGCGGGAGCUGAGACACCCGAACAUCGUCCGAUACUACGACCGCAUCAUUGACCGCACCAACACCACUCUGUAUAUCGUGAUGGAGUUUUGUGAGGGUGGAGACCUGGCCACGCUCAUAACCAAGUGCAUUAAAGAGAGGAAAUUUCUGGAAGAGGAGUUUAUCCUGCGUGUCAUGGCUCAGCUGUCUCUGGCCCUGAAGGAAUGUCAUAGCCGAAAUGUUGGCGGCAGCGUGGUCCUCCAUCGUGAUCUGAAACCUGCUAACAUCUUCCUUGAUGCCAAGCAGAACGUAAAACUCGGAGAUUUUGGCCUGGCACGGAUACUUAAACAUGACACGAGCUUUGCCAAAACCUUCGUUGGAACGCCGUAUUACAUGUCACCUGAACAAAUGAAUCGCAUGUCCUAUAAUGAAAAGUCAGACAUCUGGUCCUUAGGAUGUUUACUGUAUGAGCUCUGUGCUUUGUCUCCCCCAUUCACAGCCUAUAACCAGGAAGAACUGGCUGAGAAGAUCAAUGAAGGGAAGUUCGGGAGGAUUCCAUACCGAUACUCCAAUCAGCUGAACACGCUACUGUGUAGGAUGCUGCAUCUGAAGGAUUACCUGCGUCCUUCAGUAGAGUCGAUCCUCCAGAGCUCGUUAAUCUCCACGUAUGUGGCUCAGGAGCAGAAAAAGGCACAGGCGAGGCAGCAGCGGGGGUCAUGUGAGACAGAGCAGCCCAAACUGGUGGAACUGAGGCUGAAGGAGCAGGCACUACGCCAGCGUGAACAGGACCUCAAGGAGCGGGAAGAGAGACUGGAGCAGAAGGAACAGGAGCUGUGCAUCAGAGAGAGACUAACAAAUUUAAAGCUGACCAGAGCAGAGAGUUUGAUGAAGGCCUAUAACGUGGUGAGGCAGCAGAGGGCGCACUCUCCACUGUUUACAGAACACAGAGGUGGGGGUGAGAACGCGUCACCUGGAAAGAAGAAAGUCCAUUUUGCGGGUGACGCCAAAGAAAACGUAUCUGAGCAGAGAGUCGGUAUCAGAACUCAGGAGCGCGUGUUCAUUAAGAAACUGCAGGCUGUUAAUAUAGGAGAAGUGGAGGCCCAUGCAGGCUAUUCGUGAACACUGAGAUCUGCUAAAGGCUUCUGUGAUUGUGGAUUUAUUUCCUGUACAGCACACAAAAUCAACCUUGCUGGAAAAUUUAGCCUUGUUUUAAGUCUGUGACUUUUCAUAUAGCUUAAUAACAAGGAUUUCAAGAAAUGAUGUAUUUUUAUUGUUUUUUAGAAAGUGCAAUUUGGACAAAGGUCUAACACUGGAUAAUCGUUUUUCACGUUGUGUUUUGAGUGUUGAUGCUUAACUUUAAUAGUUAUUUUAUUUUUAGUGUUGU